AUGCGGUUGAUUCCGGAGGAGCUGCAGCUGCGCAUUCUGUCGUACAUUUCGCAGCGCGAGCUGGCCGACACUGUCUCUCUGGUGUGUCGCCAUUGGCACGUGCUGGCAAACGACGCCUCCCUCUGGCACUCUUUCCCCUGGAAGCUGCUCUUCUCCGCCCGACAAGAACAGAUCACCCUCGAACGCCGAAUCAGGCGUCUAUGUGUCAUGCACCCCGACAUUGGCGAGCUCACGCUGCGCAACACCAGCGCCUUCCCCGAGCGGGCGAUAGAACACCUGCUCAACCGGUGCAAGAAGGUGAAGACGAUCGACCUGGACAACUCCAUGAACUACUACAAAUCCCACCUGGGCUCCUUCCUCGACAUCAUCACCCAAAACCUCUCCAUGCUACGGCACAUCGCAUGCCAGAACUGCUACCUGCCCUAUCCGGCGCUGGCUUUUCGUCGUCCGUCUCCGGCUGCCACGGCCGCGGUUGCAUUGGAACUGGUGGUCACGCGGAUCCCCAACGUGGUCGACCUCAACCUGUCGGCCUGCGAGAUCGUGCCGGCGGUGCUGAACUGCAUCGGCGAGCGGUGCCGGGCGCUGCUCCACCUCAACCUCUCCCAUACCGCCAUCACCGCCACCGACGUCGCCAACAUCCUCAACCAGCGCAAGGCCAGCCUGCAGACGAUCAACAUUCGCGACAUUCCCAACGUCAUCUCCUCCUUCUACAGCCUGGCCAGCAAUCUCCUCGUCGAUCCCGAAGAUGUGGUUUCUCCGAGCUCGUCCCCGCGAGGCAAUCCCACGGUCAAGAUUCAGGAGUUUGCUCAGCACUUUGCACAUAUCCGGACCCUCACCAUCUCCACAACCACCGAAAACGAGGCGGCGGGCAUCAACCACUUCAUCGAGGGUCUGGCGCGGACCAACAGCUCCUUGGUUUCCCUCGCCAUUCGCUCGACCUCCCUCUCCGCCGAGCAUCUCGCAAAUCUGGCGUUGGCGCGAAGCACGACAUUGCGGAAGAUCGACCUAUCGUGCUGCAACAAGCUCGAUGCCAAGGCGGUCAUCACCAUCACCGCCAACUGCAAGCGGAUCGAGGCGCUCAACCUCAACUUCCUCCCGCAGCUCAACGACUCGGCAUUGAUGGAGAUCUCGCGAAAGCACUCGGGCAGCCUCCGCGUGCUGUCGCUGUACCAGUGCUCUUCGAUCACCGAUGAGGGAGUGCUGGCGGUCAUAUUCCGCUGCGCCCGGCUGAAGUUCCUUUCGCUCACCAAGACCUCCGUGACGGCUCGCUCCGUGCGAGCUGUAUCCGAGCUGCCAGAGCUGCAAGUGCUGUGCCUCUCGUAUGCCGACGUCGAACUCCUCAAAAAGAUAGCCCAGUGCUCCUCCCUUCGCCACUUGGUGCUGGAUCCGUUCGCCGUGGGGCAGACGGGGAUGGGCGAGGGCCAGGGCCUGUUCCCGCACACGGCCAUCAACGAGUACUCGGAACAGAAGCUGCUCCAGAUGCACUGGCAGCUGCUCGGCCACUGA